UAAUCUGGUGAAUCCUAAAGUAAUGUUUUAAAACGUGCAAAUAAAAGACUGAGGAUCACAGAAAAAGCCAAUUGUGCUGACAUGAAGUUAUCAGAACAUUAAAAGGGCAAGUUCAUGAAUAGUAAUGUGUCUAUAUGCUUCUUAACACAUAAAAUUGUAAACAGUGGGCCUAGUUACUAUAAAUUUGGAGCAGUGAUGAGUGUGAUGAUACUUCCCAGCAUCCGCAAUGACCUCGUGGGAUCGUGAGAAUAGCUGUGGUUUCUGUGACAAAGCCCCAGUGCUACAAUGCCGUGUUCAGAAUUUGAGGAAAAGCUUAAUUUCAGUAAGAGGUUCAUGACAUUUCAGCAAAAGGUUCUCAAGUCCCCACAUUCUGUCCACAUCCCCAGAUGAAAACUCCUUGCGCGGAGACUGGCCCCUUUGAGAGGGAGCCCCACUCUGGGCCCAGUCCCCCAAGUAUGGCCUUUGGCCUUGGGAGGAGUGAGCUUGUCCGCAGGCACCCGCGGCACUACAGGGUUUAACCUUCUCUCUCUGCUGCAGGUGGGCUGACAACUUCGCGGCCCAGGGCUGCGGAGGAAGCAAGGAGCACAGCUUCCAGCACCCUUUCCUCCAGGCGGUGGGCAUGUUCCUGGGGGAGUUCUCCUGCCUGGCUGCCUUCUACCUGCUCCGGUGCAGAGCCGCGAGGUACUCAGAUGCCAGCAUGGAUCCCCAGCAGCCCUUCAACCCCCUUCUUUUCCUGGCCCCAGCCCUUUGCGACAUGACCGGGACCAGCAUCAUGUAUGUGGCCCUGAACAUGACCAGCGCCUCCAGUUUCCAGAUGCUGCGGGGAGCAGUGAUCAUAUUCACAGGCCUGUUCUCAGUGGCCUUCCUGGGGCGGAGGCUGGUGCUGAGCCAGUGGCUGGGUAUCCUCGCCACCAUCGCGGGGCUGGUGGUCGUGGGCCUGGCCGACCUCCUGAGCAAGCACGACGAUCAGCACAAGCUCAGCGAAGUGAUCACAGGGGACCUGCUGAUCAUCAUGGCCCAGAUCAUCGUCUCCAUCCAGAUGGUGCUCGAGGAGAAGUUCGUCUACAAACACAACGUGCACCCUCUGCGGGCAGUUGGCACGGAGGGCCUCUUUGGCUUCGUGAUCCUGUCCCUGCUGCUGGUGCCCAUGUACUACAUCCCUGCCGGCUCCUUUAGCGGAAACCCGCGAGGGAUGCUGGAGGACGCCCUGGACGCCUUCUGCCAGGUGGGCCGGCAGCCGCUCAUCGCCCUGGCGCUGCUGGGCAACAUCAGCAGCAUCGCCUUCUUCAACUUUGCGGGCAUCAGCGUCACCAAGGAGAUGAGUGCCACCACCCGCAUGGUGCUGGACAGCCUGCGGACCGUCGUCAUCUGGGCAGUGAGCCUGGCGCUGGGCUGGGAGGCCUUCCACCCGCUGCAGAUCCUCGGCUUCCUCAUCCUCCUGAUGGGCACUGCCCUCUACAACGGGCUGCACCGCCCGCUGCUGGCCCGCCUGGCCCGCGGCCAGUCCCCAGCAGAGGAGGGCGAGCGGGAGCGCCUGCUGGAUCCCUCUCGGACUCUCAUCAACGAUGCCAGCUGAGCUCCUGCGGGCCUGCUGCCACCUGGAUGCACCUUGUUCACCCUGCGGCUGAGGCCGCACAGGCUUGUGAGCCUCAAGCUCCCUGUCCCCAAGGCCUCGCCCUGUCCCUCCCCACAGGCCCCCAGGACAGGCCCCCAGGCCACAGAAGACGACAGGACACCCAGGUCCUCCUUUGUCACCACGUCCUCCAGGCCUGAAUGCAGUGACCACACCAAGCUCACCCAGGCCCCCUGAGCAGCACUGACACGAAACCACGCAGUGGAAUUGCAGGACUAACACCCCAAGGGUUUUCUCAUCGAGCUAAAUUACUCUCCAGAGAAGAGAGGUCAGGGAGCAAAUUCAAAGCAGAACAAAGUGCCCCGUUUUUUUGUUGUUGUUUUUUGUUUUUGUUUUUUAAAUUAAAUCUUUAUUGUUCAGAUUA